CUGUUGCGCCAAGAACCGAUUCCAGGUCGUGCCGACGCCUUUGCUCAGUCCCUUUUGGGCGUACAAGGUCGCUCUGAUCUGAGAGCUGCCAUUGUCCCGCACGUUGAGGGUGUCUUCGACUUUUCGGACAAGUGCGCCACGCCUUUUGGCCUUCUGUACGUUCGGAGGAGAGAGCAAUCCCGUCGCAUCUACCAUAUGAAGCACACCGAACCUGUGAGCAGCACAGAAGACGAUCGAUGGGUGCUGACAGACGACCCCCGCAAACUCGAACCCGGCCAGAAGAGGAACAUCCUUCUGUCUUUCCACCCUGACUACACCCACUUCUGUCAAGAGAACAACCCUACGGCUCGGGAAAUCGCGGCGACAAUUCCUGGCGUGUGGGUACGUCCGUAUCCUGGCGUCGAGAUUCAAGCCGCUGCGCGAACCGUCCAGUUCCAUAGUCGGCUUCGCAAGCUUGAUCAGUCGACUUUGGGUGCCCUCUCAUGCCAAUCAGCUACACCGAGUAUCAUCGUCCGGUGCAAUGCGAAGGACAUGUAUCACCCCGUCUCGUCUCUCCCGGUCCAGUGGAGUGCAACUGUGACAUCAACAGAGGAGCCUUGGGUCCCCGUGCCGGAACAUCACGUCAAAGAUGCUCUGGAACUGAUUUCAUUCGCAAUCAACAAGAUUCGCAGCGAAGAAAGCGAUACGUUUUCCGUUGAGAACGUCCAGCUCAUGACAGGCCAGCAGUGCGCUUCUUGCCCAGUCCAGAAGCCCAAGAUUCACCACGUCUGGGACGAAGAUGGAACGCUGUUCAAGAUCGAGGACGCAGAUGUGGCUGCUAGAAUUGUUCAAAGCGAGGACAGUCGCCAGCCCCCGUUCAAAGUCGACGCGUGGCUCCAAAAUUGCUUCAGAGGCCAGCCUGACUUCUCUCUGCUAAGCAUGCGGAUAUCGAUGAACCCAAUCUCGCUCAUUCAUCGUGCGCUCGGCUACAUUCCAAGAGACAACAACGACAUGUCCAACUUCGUCAGAUCCAAGGAUGGACUUGGUAACUUCAAGGUCCAAUUCACCUUCCAAGAUCCGAGUCUCAAGGAGCUUGCACCAUUCCAUGAGAGUCUGAUGUCUACGUCAAAUGAAGUUCUGACUACUGCUCAACAACCCCCCAGCUUUCGCGACAUGGGCAAAAGGCUGAGAGACGAUCAAGUAGCAGCCGUCAACUGGAUGUUACGGCGCGAGUCGGGCGACGAAGCAUUCAUCGAGAUGGAGUUUGACGAGAGCAUCCUUCCUUCCGUCAAUUUACGCAUUCACGGGAUUGCACAGGUGAAGAAUGAAGCUCGCGGGGGUGUUCUUGCUCACGAUGUUGGAUAUGGCAAGACUGUGGUGACACUGGCUCUCAUUGACCACACUUUGGCAAACGACCAAGCUAUGGCCGCAUCAUUUCAACAGCGUCGGCAGUGGCUUCAGGGAGAUCGUCUGAUCCACAUCAAGGCGACCUUGAUCAUCGUUCCGUCUCAGAUCGUAUCCCAGUGGGCCGCUGAAGCAGCCAGGUUCCUUGGACGUCGCCGCAAGGUCCUCAUUGUCCGCAAGUUUGCUGACGUUCAGCCUACGAAAAUGCGCGCCGCAGACAUCAUCAUAGUCAGCGGAUCUCUCAUCGCCAACGACAAGCGGCUUGAUACCCUAGCCGCCGCUGCGGAGCUUCCGGCGCUCGAAUACAAGAAGGCAGGAGCAAAGGGUCGACACUUUCUUGACUGGUAUUCCGAAGCCACAAGCACCUUGAGGAAAAGCGGUUUUGAUUUUGGCGCUCCCGAAAGCGCGAGCAACAAUGACCUCCAUGCGCGACUCAAGGCCGUCCGCCUUGAUGCCAGAAACUGGGCAAAGCAGGAAUCAUUCAACCAAGUUGGGCCCAGUAGCCGGAAGAGCCAAGAGACGGCCACAGAGCCCUUAUCCAAAGAAAAAACCAAGGGGAAAGGCAAAUUGGACGAAAAGGUUGUCAAAGUCCAUGACAGCGGGGUCAAUGUCCUUGAUCUCUUCAAGAAGGGGCAGUUGCUGGAGAUGUACUCGUACCAUCGUGUGGUCUACGAUGAGUUCUCUUAUGAGAACUUAAACGUCGCAGCUUUCCUUCAGUAUGUUAUCGCCUUCUCAAAAUGGGUACUCUCGGGAACGUCCCCAGUCGGCACUCUCGGGCAGCUCUGCGACACCGCUACAUUGUUGAACACUCAUGUGGCUCGCGCUGCUCCCACACCAGGCUACUUUCCAUAUAUCACGACUGGACCGAACCCACCCACAUUGGUUAAAAGCGAAGAUUUCUUGAGCUACCGCGACCCCAACUCUGCGCAACUUGCUCUUGAGCGCCACCAUCAAGGACAACGCUUUGUCGUGCAAUUCGUCAGGAAGAACCGGACAUGUCUAGACGAGAUUCCCACAAAAGUGAUCAUAGUUCUCGUCAAUCCGACUCGUCACGAACAGCUGAUAUACAUCGUCGUCCAGCAAUCUCUCCAAGAUGCCAAGUGGAAUGUGAAGGAGCUGCCCGGGUACCUUGAGCAAUUCGUUCAACGUCUCAAGGAACGCGAGAAGAAUGCGGGCAUUUUGGGAACACAGGUCAAGGGAGCUGGCAGAUCAUCCUUUUCGGAGGCCAUCGAUACAUUGCUGAUUCUCUCAUCUGCGUCUGCGUCCUGCAUCCGAGACCUGAUGGAGGAGGUAGGCUGGAUUCACCCAGACUAUCCUCUUACGGGGAGCAGGAUCCAUGAAGGACUGGUGAAGCAGUCCAUUGUGUACUUCAAGCGAUGUUCAACAAUCCUGUCAUCACAGUUCGAUCUGAUGAUGUAUCUGGCGAACGUCAUUGAUGCGGACAGGACGGAACGCACGCUGAGUCGCCAGGAGAAGGAAAACGACUACAAGGCCCACAUGCGAGACAUCAUCGCAAUGUUCGCGAGCCACGAUGGCAAAGCAUUUGGCGAUAUGGAGUGCAUGAACAUCGUCAAGAACUUCAUCCUUAACAAGCCUCACAUGGGUCUCGACGGAAACACACAUCAGGGCGACCUCUCCAACGUCUCAUGGGACUUUGCAAACUGGCAGAGACAGAAGGGUGGACCCGGAAGGUAUGACAGGUUCCACUGGUGGGCGGUAAACCCGGAAAAGGACUCCAUCGACGCCGAAGAGUUGAAGGACCUGUCGCAUCAUCUUGGUGAUGAAGAUGAUGAUGUUUCCAAUUCCAACACAGACGAUCUCACCCGCAAGCUAGGCAAGCUGCGCAUGACCCAAGAAGCCGACAACUUCAAGCUCAUGGCCGACGCCAUUGGCCUGAAGGGAUCUUUGAGAGAAGAAGAAAUGUCAGCCCGUAUCGAGAGAUAUGUGGCUGGCAGAGCCAGCAAACACGACUUCGAAUUCGGUGUCCAGCUUCCAUCCCGGCUCCCAGCUAAGGGUACCCUCGAGAGCGCUCGUGGCAAGGAUCUUGAUGCCACUCUCAACUACUUCAUCAUGAUCAUUCAAAGCAUUCAGGCUGGCAUCAAGGUUACGCUGGAGGCUUACAGAAGGUUCCGAUUCGCUUCCAAAGCCUCCAACAUGAUGGCAGGAAACUCCGCUGGCUUGCAGUGCUGGGCAAAGCUGUGCGACAAGUGUCACGUAUCCGCCCCAGGCCUCGUGUAUCUUUCAGCCGCCUGUGGCCAUACGCUCUGUGAGUCUUGCCAUGCAGAUUACAGCUCAUCCGAGGUCCUUUUAUGCCCUGCUCGACCCAGCUGUGCUUGCGUGUCCCGCGGCACUUUCAUCUCUGCUGCUAGGAUCAUUCCUCCCAGCGUCAAAUCUACAUUGGCGGAGCUUUCGAAGGAGCCUAGUGAGAAGAUUUGGGAAAUCCACUGCAGCAUCACGGAAGCUGCUCUUCAGCGAGGGGAGAAAGUCCUGGUGUUUGCGACUUACAAGUCCAUUAAGAACGACAUGGCCAAGUUCUUCAAAGAGAGGAACGAAUACGGUGUCUACAUGACAGAUGGCAGCAGCCAAGACUCCAAGACCAUCGAGAACUUCAAAUCUCACCAAGGAACUGCGGUGUUGAUCCAAAGCCUCAUGUCUUCGGAAUCAGCUGGGACGAACCUGACUGAGGCGAACCACAUCAUGUUCGCGGGUGCUCUGUCCACCGACAAGGACAACUACGAGAUGUAUGUUCGUCAAGCCAAGGGAAGAGCUAUUCGACAGGGCCAGACCAAGCCUGUGUACGUCUACCACUUCAUCACCAGGGAGACGAUAGAGUUCGACAUCAUCAACAGGAAGCACGGGGAAAAGAUCUGCAACGCCGGCGCGGAUGAUCGUGUUCACCUCCCGCUUCCUGCGCAGAUGACUCCUCACGACAACUACCCUUCGGCUUUCCGUCCUGCCUUGGAUCGCACCGUGUCUUAUAGGCUUCUCGGUUCUGUCGAGUUUGACGAGUUUGAUUAUUAG